AUGGCGGCCGGCCCGCCCCGCCGCCCUCCGAGGCGCGCCCAGCGGCUGGAGCCGAGCGCUCCCGAGCGUCCCCGAACCCGAGAGGAACCCCGGGAGCCGCGCGGGCGGGAGCGGCCCCGCCCCGGAGCCUGGGAGCGGCGGCGCCGGCGCGGGGGAGGGGAGGCCGGAUCUGUAGGUAAAACUUGCCUACUGAUCAGUUACACAACCAAUGCAUUUCCUGGAGAAUACAUCCCCACUGUCUUUGACAACUAUUCUGCCAAUGUUAUGGUAGAUGGAAAGCCGGUGAAUCUGGGCUUAUGGGAUACAGCUGGACAAGAAGAUUAUGACAGAUUACGUCCCCUCUCCUACCCGCAAACAGUUGGAGAAACGUAUGGUAAGGAUAUAACCUCCAGGGGCAAAGACAAGCCGAUUGCCGAUGUGUUCUUAAUUUGCUUUUCUCUUGUAAGUCCUGCAUCAUUUGAAAAUGUCCGUGCAAAGUGGUAUCCUGAAGUGCGACACCAUUGUCCCAACACUCCCAUCAUCCUGGUGGGGACUAAACUUGAUCUUAGGGAUGAUAAAGACACGAUUGAGAAACUGAAGGAGAAGAAGCUGACUCCCAUCACCUACCCACAGGGUUUAGCCAUGGCUAAGGAGAUUGGUGCUGUAAAAUACCUGGAGUGCUCGGCUCUCACACAGCGAGGCCUCAAGACAGUGUUUGAUGAAGCUAUCCGAGCCGUUCUCUGCCCACCUCCCGUCAAGAAGAGGAAGAGAAAAUGCCUGCUGCUGUAAACGUCUGGGCCCCUCUCCCGCCCUGUCCCCACCCCUGAACCUUUGUACGCUUUGCUCAAAAAAACGGUGGAGCCUUUGCACUCAAUGCCAAGUUUUUGUUACAGAUUAGUUUUUCCAUAAAACCAUUUUGAACCAAUCAGUAAUUUUUAGGUUUUGUUUGUUUCAAGUGUAAGAGUUCAAACUUGCACAUUCUAUUAAAAUUUAGCCCUAAAAUGA